CCUUUAAUAAGCAAACAGCAUUAAUACUGUACGAAUAGUUGUUGUGUAUAAUAAAAGGGACAAAUCGUGUAGAUUAUGAAACGUGUAGAGAGUGUUGUGUUUGUCUGCAAACAUCACUUGACUGUCACAUCCAUCACAUCCAUCCACUCCAAGACAUAAGACCCGAACCCAUCUGACUGCGAGUCAGUCGACACAAUCAUGUCAUCGACGGUCACGUGUGGUAACUGUGGGUCCAAUGAAGUGGAGUUCGAGUCGAGUCGUGGCGACACGUAUUGCACUUCAUGUGGUUUCGUGAUCGACCAGAACUGCAUCGUCUCGGAAGUGCUCUUCUCGGAGGGCACCCACGGGUCCGCACAUAUCAUCGGACAAAGACAUGACACGGAGUCCGCCUUCAAGUCAUUCAGUAUUGGAGGCAUUCUUGGAGCGGGACGUGAGUCAAGACAAGUGACUCUUAUGAACGCCAAACGACGGAUCAAAACGGUUUGCGAUCAGUUGAGACUCAACGAGCACUUCAUCGAAAUGGCCUUUAAUUUCUACAAAAUGGCUCUCAAUCGGAGGCUAACCCACGGCCGCAAACACAUCCAUGUGAUCGCCGCCUGUAUUUACAUCACGUGUCGCAGUGAAGGCACCCCUCAUAUGCUGCUCGACCUCAGCGACGUCUCGCAGGUCAACGUCUAUGAGUUGGGCCGCACUUACCUCAAGCUCACGGCCGCCCUCUGUAUCACCAUUCCUGCCAUUGAUCCCAGUCUUUACAUCAUUAGGUUUGCGCAACACUUGAACUUAGGUAUGAGUUUGGGGUUGGGGUUGGGGUUGGGAUGCGUUUGCGAAAAGAGUAACACAGAAGUGGAGAGAAUGCGGAAUAACGUGAUCUCAACGGCCAAUCGAUUGGUGCAGCGAAUGAAGAGAGAUUGGAUGCAUUACGGGAGGCGACCGUCAGGUCUGUGUGGGGCCGCCAUCCUAGUGGCCGCCCGUCUCAACGAAGUGCACUGUUCUAUAAAAGACAUCAUAAAAGUGGUGAAAGUUUGUGAGACAACCAUUCGGAAGCGUUUGUGUGAAUUCAGUGAAACGCCGACAAGUAAUCUGACUUUAGAUGAGUUCAUGACUAUAGACUUGGAGGGCGAGGAGGACCCGCCCUGUUUUAAGGCCAAUAAACGCAAACAAAAGUCGUGUCAAUUCGAGAGCGAACAACAGAUUGAGGAAAUUCAGUCCAAAAUAACUCAUUUGCAAAAACUUAUUGAAAAGGAUUUAGAGAAAAGUCGUCAAAAAUUGCGAAAUCCUUUCUCCAAAUAUUUGAGUCCCGAAGCGACCACUUCUGCGCCCAAGAGUGAGGACUCGGCGGUCGAACAGUUCAUUUUGGACGACACCGUCCACACCAUUGAACAGGUGCUCAAUGAAGACGACACCAAUAAUUAUGAUAAUUAUAUGGAGAGUAUUAAGUGUUUGAGACCAACCGCCGCCAGUUUAGGCAUAACUUCUGUCAUUCAAAGGGAUGACUACAAUAACGACAAAAAAGAAUUACAAGAUGUGAACGAAAGCGAGGAACUGGACCUCACGGGCAUCGAUGACAGCGAAUUAGAUGGCUAUCUGUUAUCGACAGAUGAAAUCGAUGCGAAGACAAAUGUGUGGACUCGCGUUCAUAAAGACUAUUUGGAAGAAUUGAAACUCAAAGAGGAAUUGAAAGUGAAAGAAGAAGAAGAACGCAAACGAAAGGAGGCGUCCGGAGAGGUGGCGCCCAAAAAGAAGAGGAAGAGUCGCAAAAAGACUCAAAUCCAGGCCAACAGUGCCUCAGAAGCCAUUGAGAAGAUGUUACUCGAGAAGAAAAUCUCGAAUAAAAUCAAUUACGAAGUGCUUAAGAACUUGAAUCCGACUUUUGGCAAAACUACUGCAAGUUUCAAAGCACCGGAACCUCUAAUUAAAAGUUUGGACAAAUGUGUCGAAUCUGAUGACCAAAAAGUAGUUCAAAGUCCACUCAAAAGAUUGACAACAUUGAAGAACAGCGCCAACACAUCGCUCGUGAACCUAAAGGCGCCGCUCUUUAAUAAACUCAAAAUGAAAUCUUUGAACUCGAAGUCCACUUCAUUAGAGGGCGACUCCAAAGACACCGAUGAUGUGAAUGAUCCACAAAUGUUGGCCAAAGAGUCGGGUAUUAAAGAAUCGAACGAAAGAUUGGAUGAAAUGGUAAACAAUGAAACAGAAGAAGAUUCUGACGAAGAAGAAGACGAUAACAACAAACGUAAAGAGUUCUCAAUCCAAGAACUGCUUGGAAUAGAGACGGGUGACAAUGAUAUGGAUUAUGAAUACGAUGACGACGAUUACUAACCAUUUGUUUGCAC